AUGCUGCGGCUAGAAAAUGCACCAGUAGAAGCAUUAGCUGGUGAGGAAGAGCUGGUGGAAGAACCAGAACCGGAACCAGAGGAGCAAAUGGAUGACGACGAUAACGAUCCCCAUCGAUUGAAUCGUGGCGAAGGAAGACGAAAACAGAUCACGCAGUGCGAAUUUUACAGCUUUCUCAUGUUGAUUCGGGAAUAUUUCAACGACAUUGAAGCCAACCGCGUCAAGUACAUCCGCGAACAUCAGGCGGAGCUUUACGUGGCUCAAUACGACGGUCUCUUGGACUACUUGCAUAAUCGGGCCGAACGAGUAAACCUUUCGGUCGGAUCUUAUCACGUCCUCCCAUCGAGUUUCAUCGGAAGCCCAAGGGCAAUGAAGCAAGCGUACCAAGAUGCAAUGGCCAUCUGUGGUAAAUUCGGCAAGCCAGUAUUCUUCCUGACUUUCACCUGCAACCAAAAGUGGAGGGAAACCACGGCCAGCAUUCCCAGCCAUCUGUCGGCACCAGAUCGGCCCGAUAUAGUCACAAGAGUCUUCCAGCAAAAGAAAAUUGAGUUGGUCAACGACAUUGAAAAGCGCCAGGUGCUGGGAUUUGCGACUGCAUGGAUAACUGUCAUUGAAUUUCAGAAGCGCGGAUUGCCUCACUGUCACAUGCUCAUUUGGAUCGACGAGCGUGACGCCCCUGCUGCAGCGGAAGAUGUGGAUGCAACCAUAUACGCGGAAAUUCCCGAUAGAACAACGCAUCCGAGACUUUAUAAGAGCGUCAUGACCCACACGAUUCACGGUCCGUGUGGGUUAAUCAACAAAAAAUCCCCUUGCAUGGACGGCGACAAGUGCUCAAAGGCUUUCUCGAAGCCACAUAGCCAAGAAACACUCCUAAACGAUAACGGCUACCCCACUUACAGACGAAGAGAUACGGGCGUUGUACACCGCUUGAAACGAGGACACACGCAUUUUGAAGUUGACAACAGAUGGGUCAUUCCUUACAACCCUUGGUUAUCCCUCAAAUAUGAAUCCCACAUCAACCUUGAAUACUGCGCAUCCAUCGUCAGCGUAAAGUACAUCUUCAAGUACGUCUACAAAGGGUACGAUUGCCUGAAAAUGGAUCAAAAAGUGGGAACGUAUCAUCUGGUAGAAGGCGAAGAACCAAGGGUGGAGUGGGACGAAAUCACGUGCCAUCUUGAUGCGCGUUACGUCAGCGCGCCGGAAGCCUGUUGGUGA